CCGCCGGGCGCAGGCUCGCUCGUCCCCGCGCUCGCGCUCUCGGGCCGCCGGCGUCUCCCGGCCGGGUCGCCGUUGCGCUCGCGCAAGUCUUCUAGCUCCUGGGCUCCUGAAGACGCAGUGCUGGAGCAGAUGGAUAAUGGAGACUGGGGCUAUAUGAUGACUGACCCAGUCACGUUGAAUGUAGGUGGACACUUGUACACAACGUCCCUUACCACAUUGACACGUUACCCAGAUUCCAUGCUUGGAGCUAUGUUUGGGGGGGACUUCCCCACAGCCCGAGACCCUCAAGGCAAUUACUUUAUUGAUCGAGAUGGACCUCUUUUCCGCUAUGUCCUCAACUUCUUACGAACUUCAGAAUUGACCCUCCCCUUGGAUUUUAAGGAAUUUGAUCUGCUUCGAAAAGAAGCUGAUUUUUACCAGAUUGAACCCUUAAUUCAGUGUCUCAAUGACCCUAAGCCGUUGUAUCCUAUGGAUACUUUUGAAGAAGUUGUAGAGCUGUCUAGUACUCGGAAGCUUUCUAAAUAUUCCAAUCCAGUGGCUGUCAUCAUAACUCAAUUAACCAUCACCACCAAGGUCCAUUCCUUACUAGAAGGCAUCUCAAAUUAUUUCACCAAGUGGAAUAAGCACAUGAUGGACACCAGAGACUGCCAGGUUUCCUUCACCUUUGGACCAUGCGAUUAUCACCAGGAAGUCUCUCUCCGGGUCCACCUUAUGGAAUACAUUACAAAGCAAGGUUUUACAAUCCGAAAUACUCGGGUGCAUCACAUGAGCGAGAGGGCCAAUGAGAACACAGUAGAGCACAACUGGACUUUCUGUAGACUGGCCCGGAAGACAGAUGACUGAUCACUAACCCUCAGGAGAACUUCCUGUAAGCUCAUGUUUUCUUGGGACAUGGAAGAGACUGUUAUUGUUUUUUAAAUCAUAGUGUGCCCCCCCUUUAAUAUUUGUAUUUAUUUGAAGGCAUUGAGGACCAGAAGUUCUGUGUAUGAGCAGUCUUCUCCCUGUUUUGUUCCCAAGUAUGCAUGUGCCUGUCAGAGUCUCCAGAAACCUUUUUUUUUUUUUUCUAAAAGAGAUCUGAAAAUCAUUAUGAUAUAUAAUCUACCCUUAACAGUGCUAAAAUGAUUUCUGAUAAUGUGGUCCCUAACUCAACUGGAAGGCUAAAAAUACAGUGAUGAAAGAUUAAGCAGAGUAUUCAUGAUGUCUUUGAGAAAAAAUCAGAAUAUCAUGUAUGGUGACCUCAUUUCCAGACCAGUAGGCAGCAGUAUAUUAAAGGAAACCUGGCCAGUCAUCUGCUGGUACUUGUUAAGGACCGCUUCCUACAGUUUGACAACUGUUUCUUUCUAUGCAUAUAAAUCAAGCAACCAAAUAUCUGUAGCCAUUGAAAUGUCUGACUAGAAAUAUUUAUAUUGGAUUCUUGAUACAGAAUGUCCCUGUGGUAGAAACCUUAUGCCUGGUACAGUUUCAUUCCCAAGUGUACUGUCUACCAGGAAAGAAAAAUCUAAUAAAAAAUGGAGUAUGAACAUUAAGGGUUGUAUUUAUUGUUAUGUAAGGGGAAAAUCAUAUUCUUUGUCAAAAGUAUGCAUUGUUUAUGUCCCAAUUAAACUGCUUAUAGCACAUUUGUAAUAGAGUUGACAGGACUCAGUGGAACCUUAGAUUUGAGUUCAUAAAGCCAGCUGUGUUACCAGAGAUAAACAGUUUUGUCUUUUCAGAUAGGAUUUACAGUGAAUAUUACAGGGUUUUAACUGCCACAGCUAUGAAUAUGACUCACUCCAGCUUGUGCUGCACGUGGGGACAAAAUGACUCCAGUGAUUCUAUUCUCAUGUAUUGUGGUAGCCGCAAAUGUAUGUUUUUAUCAAGCUUAAAUUCAACUCUGAGAAGAAAUAAAUUGCAGUAAAGGAUUGGAAACACUUGGGAAAAUGUAUGUACAUUUGCUUAUUUCAUGAUUGUCUUGUUUCAGAGUUGAUGUGAUUCUGUUGCCUGAAAGUUACUCAUUGGAAGGAGUGUAUUAAUUAUGGUGAGACUUUCUAGUUUGUGAACAUCACAUAACAACUUCCCUGUUUUAAGGGAAUUGUGGACUUCUGUGGUUUUGGCCCUAGGGCAGACAAGACACUUUUCCUCUUCUCUGAGACUAUUCUAAGAUUCUCCCUUUGAAAGGAAGAUGAACAUAUUUACUUACAUGUCUCUUUGAAAAUUUAAGAUUGCCAAACUACCCCCCCUUCUUCCGCACACAUACAAGAAACCCAUGAUUACCUCAUCCUCAAACUAGGAUACUUCAUUGUUAUUUACCGGUUGCUAUAAUUUCAGUAUAUUGAUGAACUGGAGAAAAGAAGUUACCGUUUGGAACAUUUGCUCCUAUUGUAAAUUGAUAUAUGGUUUCCUAAAUAAAGAUCCAAAUUGGUCAUGUGCCAUGGAGUAGCUGAAGUCAAUAUGAAGUAAUGAUUUGGGUUCAGAACUAUUGUGGAAGGCUCUGGGUUAGAGCACUUGCUGCUCUUGCAUAGGACUGGAAUUUGGUGCCCAGCAUCCACAGCAGUGGCUCACAAUUGCCUGUAACUCUUGCUCUAGGCAGAUCUGGCACCACUGGCUUACACACACACACACACAGAAACUAUAUAUACAUAUACAUAUAUAUAUAUAAUGCACAUAUAUAU